CAUGCCGUGGCACUUGAGAGAGGGUCAAAAUACACAUCAUCGCGACAUCAUCAUAUCGAAUCAUGUCUGAACGAACGCAUCAUUCUCUUUACUCCCAUCUGAAUACCACUAUUGACGAAAUCCGCCUUCUCACAUCCUUUGAGAUCGAUGCUGAUGGCCGUGUCAAGUGUCGACUUAUCACGGAGCCCCUUUGUGACUGUCCCCCAUACACGGCAUUAUCUUAUGUCUGGGGCAAGGCGUCCGAGCCUGUGUCCAUCCAGGUCGAUGGUCAGGAAUUCCACGCCACUCCUAGUCUGGCCGCCGCACUGCAUUGCAUUCCCCACCACUGGAAGUCCAAAUACCCCUCCCGCGAACUGGGAGAGCUUCGAGUCUGGGCGGACGCCGUCUGUAUCAACCAGGAUGACCUGGAGGAAAGAGCCCAGCAGGUCCAACUCAUGGACCGCAUCUAUUCGGGUGCAGAGCUUGUCAUGUGCUGGAUGCCAGACGGGGUCAGGCAGCCAGGUGACCCUCGGUCGUUCAGCGAGGACGUACAGGACGACUUUCUGAGCACCGCAUUCCGCACCCUUGAAAUCGUCAACACGCAGCUUGUGUUGGUAGAACAAGAGGUCGAUGGCACGGUGUGGGACAUAGAGCUUGAUGAUGAAAGGCUGGUCCGGUGGCUGGAGAAGUGCCCUGAGUUGACCGAGGCCACGCCUGACAGUAUUUGGCCGUUUUGGGAAAACAAGAACUGGAGGGCCGUCCGCCAUUUCUUCGGCCUGCAAUACUGGCAGCGAGUAUGGAUAUUCCAAGAGGUCGUCCUUGCUCCGGAGGCACUACUGAUCUGCAGGUCCAGCUGCAUAUCGCUGGCCGAUACCCUCGACCGCGUGUUCUUCUGGUUUGACCUCUUGGAAUUGUGCGAUAUUCCCGCGCCUAGCUUCAUGCUUCCCGCGCUGUGGCAGUCUCUGGUCUCAGGCAGUGGUCUGUCCCGGGUCACUCUCACGGGUCAACUCGAUGCGUGGAGAAGAAGGCGCAUGGAAAUCCCUACGCUGUCCUGGCGUGUCUUCUACAAGGCUGGAUCAUUAGCUGCAACUGACCCCAAGGAUCACGUGUACGGUCUGCUUGGUAUAACUGGUAUCAAGAUUCAGGUUGACUAUUCUCAACAGAACCCUGUUGCCAAGGUCUUCCAUGACGUGGUGGCAGCCUGGCUGCAGGACUACGCGCGUCCAGACAAGGAUCUGGCCGCCGAGAACGCGGUUUCUAAGAUGAAAGAGCUGUGGUUCCUCAGUCUUGCUGGACUGCGGCGUGAUUGCGACGACGUCAGAUGCCGAGACUUUGCCUCCUGGGCGCCGAACUUCCCGCACUUUCACCACAACAGGUCUGACUACGUCUUCUUCACUGAAGUCGAUGCUGACCAUGGCGUAUUCUCGGAAGAGCAGUGCAUGAAAACGAGUUAUAUCCAAGGCCCUUCACUUUUCGUGACUGGGCUUGUGGUUGAUUCUGUCCACGAGACAUAUCCUCAAGUCGUGAGGUCCAGCCAUCUCUUCGAUUUACUUUCACAUAUAUUCCGCAAGAACGAGUCCCAGUUCCCGGAGCCCAAGCCGAGAAGACGCCUGCUGCGUGAUCUCUUCGAGCUUCUCUGUUGGAACAACAUCUCGAAAUACGUAAUCAAUGCCCGCUUGCGUGUAACCGACCCGGUUUCUUCUGAGUAUCUCGCAUUUGCCUGCGCCUUCGUGUGGGCAAUUCUUUGCGGAGGAUUUCAGUACCGCACAGCCAUCGAGAGGUUGGGACUCAGGUCAGACACGGAGGCCGGAUUUUGUGCUUCGUUACGUGAGACAUUCCUGGGCCUAAAUGAAGGUUCUGAGGAGGAAAAUGAACACAAUAAGGUGUCACACUUUGACGACAAUUCCUCGUCAUGGCUCCAGGAUCUGUUGGAUUGUGAGGCCACAAAACGGCUACCCAUGGAGCCCAGGCUUGCCAACUGCUGCCAGGAAAUGUCUUCUUUUAUCUUAACGGAUGGUUUGGAUGAUUGUUGCCUUUUCCGCACUUCAACAGGAUAUUUUGGACUCGCCUGCAGGAGAGCUACAGCAUCUGGGGACUUGGUAUGUGCUCUGAAAGGUCACGAUAGCAUGGCAUCUCUAAGGGAGAACGGAGACCAUUUCCUCUAUGUAGGGGAUACCAAGGUUCAGCGCAUGAUGGAAGGACAGGCUGCGGGGUUUUUGAAAGAAGGGAUAGCAGAAGUGCGACAAUUUGAAUUGCGAUGAUACAA